GCGUAACUCUCAAAACAAGUAUGGCUCGGAAUUCAAGAAUAUGAUAUUGAAUUAUGGUUGGUUAUGACUCUAAAGCUACAGUUCAAUUAUCUCAUAAAGCACAUGCUGUAGCAGCUGCUCUAAGUAGUGCAGUGAGUAGAGCAUUAUGGCAACCACUUGAUGUACUCAAGAUAAGAUUUCAGUUGCAAGUAGAACCUAUAAGGAGAUCUUCUACCAACUCUAAAUAUAGAAGUUUGUAUCAGGCUUCUUCAUCUAUAUUAAAAGAAGAAGGUUGGAAAGCCUUGUGGAAAGGACAUGUCCCGGCACAGAUACUAUCAGUAGGCUAUGGGGUAGCUCAGUAUACUAGUUUUGAAUUUUUUACAAAAUGUGCAUGGCAUUUACUACCAGAGAAAUACAGUAAUGACCUGUAUAGACCUGUUUUACAUACAGUGUGUGGUGGGUUAUCAGGAUGUCUAGCGUCCUUAUGUAUACAUCCUGUUGAUGUUAUUAGAACCAGAUUUAUUGCUCAAGGAGAACCUAAGGUAUAUACAAGUAUAUAUGAUGCCAUAGGUAAAAUAUAUAAACAUGAAGGUAUUAGAGGUUUCUAUAAAGGGUUGGUGCCAGCCAUUACUCAGGUUGGACCCCAGAUGGGACUUCAAUUUGGAUUAUAUGCUUUAUGUCUUGAGAUUAUAUCCAUGAUUAAAGAUACACCUUCAACAUCUAUGCCAGGAGCCACAGAAAGUUUACUUAGUGGAACAGCAGCUGGAGUUGUAGCCAAGUUGAUCAUAUAUCCUUUUGACAUUGUGAAAAAACGUUUACAAAUUCAAGGAUUUGAACAAGCCAGACAAUCAUUUGGUAGUGUGCGUCAUUAUAGUGGACUAUUUAAUUGUUUAUUUAUUAUAAUAAAGGAAGAGACUAUUUUAGGUUUAUAUAAAGGCUUGUCACCUAGCUUACUAAAGGCUGGUGUGGUUGCCGGUACAAAUUUAUGUUUAUAUGAGCAAAUAUGUAAAUUAUUAUAUGUCUUAAAAAGUUAGCACUACCAACAUGACUCCCAGAUCCAUUUACUCGAUUUUAUUUAUGUGUUUGUUAUUUAUUAUGUUGUCAUGUCCGCAGGGUUUGUUUAUGUGUUGUCCUGCACCUAUUAUUUGUGUUAAUAACUGACAAUUGUUAAUGAUUGAAUUAUUUCUUUCAAUUUUAUAGAUAUAUAUUUUUCUUAGGUUUUACAAUAAUGUUUAUUUUUAAAGUUUCAUUUGUUUGUGAUGACCCUUCAAAUUUUGCAUUUCGGAAUGUUGUACAUGUACAAUAAUAAUUUUAUUUAUGCUGGAUCUCGUAGAGAGGAGUUCUCAGUUUAAUGUGAUGUCACCAACAGCAGUUCUUGACUCGUGCAGUGGCCAAAUAUCUAGUGUAUGUCAAAUAAAUUUUAAACUAAUUGAGCUAACCAAACGUCUGCCAAAGAAAAAACAAUUAGUAGUUAUAUGAUCACAGGACUUGGAUUAUAAUUUAUAUUGAGACAUUCAACAUGAAUGCCUUGUCUCCAAAUUUCAUUUUGGAUAGACGUGUAGUACACAUUUGUCAAUUAUGAUCCAUUUUGGUGGAAAAAAAUUUGAAAACCAGUGUGAUCCCAGAGACAAGCAUUCAGUUAACAACUAUUCAUCUUCUUUGGGGGCUUGGUUAAACUGACCUAGUAUUACUGGUAGGUGUGCAUGAUGACGCAUAGAAAUUUAAAACAGCAUCUGGGUUAGUCAUGUAUGAUGAAAAGGUCUUUAUUCUGAUCUUAAUGAAAAUGGUAUGAAAUGCUAUCAAAUAUUGUGCUGUCUGAAUGUUUUGAAUCUCAAAUGUUAAUGUGUUUGGCAUGGUGCAAAUGAAAAUAUGCAUAUUGUGUGAAAAUACUGAAUAUUAAAAGCAUUUGUUUUAAACUUUGAAUUAUUUUCUUAGGUCUAUUAUUAUUUGCAUAACUUACACUCAAAAUACAGCUUAUAAGGGUUAAUUGACAUAUAUAUGCAAUAAGGUGGUGGUCUGAAAUGCUGCUCUGGUUCAGUAAGGUGGUGGUCUGAAAUGCUGCUCUGGUUCAGUAAUCUCCCUUUCCAUGUCAGUCAAUACAAAAAACUACCUACACGUAGAUGCAAGCUGGCAACAAAAAUGUCUGCUUUCACCUCUAUUUUCGUCAUUAGACUAUAAUCUGUAUUCUAUUGUAAUGUCAACUAACAACAAUAACCAGUGUUUAUAAAUAAACAGUAAUAAUACCUA